AUGGAGCCUCAACAAGGCGUCGCGGCCGUAGGGGGCGAACCCGCUGCUCGGCCGCUCGUAAACCCUGACGAAUAUGGAGAAGUGGACACCACCAGGUAUCCUGCGCCCAAAGAUGCUACGAACAAAGUACGCGGGCGCAGCGAUUUGUUGGAAAUGAUAUGCGGCGCAGGCACUGUUGAUCCCGAACUCCUUACAGUCAAGACGUUCUACUUCUUCUUCUACUCGGCGUUCGGUUCCCUUUUCCCCCUAAUGGGGGUGUACUUCAAGCAAAUGGGAAUGAACGCGGGACAAUGUGGUUUACUCAUCGGUACCCGGCCAUUUGUGGAGUUCCUUUCGGCCCCCUUCUGGGGCGGACUGGCUGAUAGAUGGCAAAAGGGCCGCACUCUAUUGCUGGCCUCGUUAGGCGCCUGGAUCAUAUUCACUUUGCCGCUUAGCUGGGUGCAACCGGGCGCUGUGGCCUGUGUACAGCCAGUAAAUAGCUCAACAUACUUGCUAGUGCCACCGAGCUACGACGAGGACGCCCAACCUCUUGGAAGAGGCUUUCACGGGCCAUCACCGCGUCGCGAAGGUUCACCCUUACCCGUGUCAGACGCCCAAAACUACAAUCCCGACACCAACUCUAAUUGGGUCACACCAUUACACUCCUUCAUCGUGUAUAGCACACCGAAUAUUCAAAAGACAUUUUUCUUGCUACUGUUACUCGUCGUAAUCGGCGAGUUCUUCAGCGCACCUGCCAUAACUCUUGCCGAUUCAGCUGUGAUCACGUUGCUGGGCGAGGAUGCAGACAGAUAUGGCCACCAGCGAAUGUUCGGUUCGCUCGGUUGGGGGUUGGCGAUGUUUUUCGUCGGCAUUGCUCUGGAUCACAGCACGGCUUUCAGUUCUCAUCCGUGUGGGGGACCACAGCGUUAUGAGAAAAACUACACCAUAUGCUUUGCGACUUUUUCAGUGCUGAUGGGCGCCGCCCUCGUUACUGCAACUCAGAUAAGAUUCAAAUACGAAGCGAUGGGCAUUGAAAGCGAACGAGGAACUGAGGAAAUAUUAGCACCGGAACCGACACAAGAAGAGCGGCUUCAAGAACAACUGGCGGCACAAUUACAGCUUCCAGGCCUAGACACCCGAGCCCCCGCCGCCGCCCCCGCUCCCCAACUGCAACACGCUAAAGUGUUCGCUCAGACGACACGAGAGAUGCCUGAGUGGGUGACAGUGCUAAAACAGUUCCAGAACGUGAAAGCCGCGUCGUUCUUACUCGUCGCUUGGUUCAUGGGCUUCGGUAUUGGGCUAAUAUUCACGUUCCUGUUUUGGCAUUUGCAGGACAUCGGAGGCUCACCUACACUGUUCGGCGUGGCAUCAGUAAUAAACCACAUCUCAGAGAUAUUCGCUUACUUCUUCAGCUUUAAGCUGAUUACGCAAAUGGGACAUGUAAAGGUACUCUGCCUGGGCCUGGCAGGAAACGUGGUGAGGUUCCUUUACAUCUCGUGGCUCACGGAUCCGUGGUGGGUGCUGCCCUUUGAGUUCGUGCAGGGUGUAACACAUGCAGCGGUAUGGGCGGCAUGUUGCUCGUACAUCGCUCACGGUGCUCCGGCGCGGUUACGCUCUUCAGCUCAGGGCGUUCUUCAGGGCUUACAUCACGGACUUGGUCGUGGUUGCGGCGCUGUGAUCGGUGGGAUCGCCGUAGCCAAGUGGGGAACCACACGCACAUUUGCAGGCUACGGUAUUCUGUGUGCCGUAGCACUUGCCGCAUUUGCGUUCGUCAAUUUCCGAGACGGUGGUGCAUCGGAGGUAAUUGGAGGGGAUAGUGCAGCUGAGGAAGAGGCUCGUGCGGUUGCAGAGGCGGGUGUGCUGGCUCCACAUGGCGUGCCAUCGAACCCGCUACCCCGUGCGCUCUCAUCCACUCGUCUCUCAGAUCUCGGUCACCAUGACAAUUAUGGCGCCACGCAGAACUACAGCGGUGCUGAAAGUCUUAGUGUGCCCGGCGCUGCCCCGACAGCUCAACCCACGAAUCCCUUCGCUACAGACCAAUUACAGCAACGACAACCACAACCCACUAUCCGGAAUACGCCGAAAUGUUUAUUUUGCUGCGACGAAGGGGACGAAGCUACAGAUACCAGCGCGAUAAGUGAUAAGAUAUUGAUACGAAAUGAGAAAACUGUGAAGCGAGUGUGCUGUGACAAGUUAGCGAAAAUAUCAACAAAUAAUAGCGUUUUAUGGACUCCGGGAACCACAGUGUGUCAUGACGGAAUGGCGUGCUGUACUUUCCUGGCCCCUACUUUGCUGCUGCAUGUCAACCUGCUGCUAGUGGUCUUUGCUGGUGGUGCGCUUGUCAUGGCAGCACGAGCACGAUGGGACCCCACCUUGUAUGCUCCCGCGCGAGAACUUUUCCCCAAUGAAUACCGUGCGGCGGCCGUUCUUCUACCAGUUUUGGCGUUUACGACCAUAAUCGCUGCUCACACCACGUUGAUUGCGUUGCGCACGCGACACCUUACUUUACGGCGAGCGCUUCUUUAUGCGUACGCUUGUGUGGUGAUGUGCAUAUGUGCAGCACAAACCGCUGGCGCCUUAUGGGCAUAUGUGCGUGGUCGAGAAUGGGCCAGGACAGACCACGCGCUUGAAAUACGCAAUGCAGCCGCCCUAGCUGACCAAUUACAGCCCCUGCUGCAACAACUUGCACACUGGCAUCCUCUCCCGCAGCGCCUCGCUGAUAUCUUAAAGGAAGCACGUGAAGACCUGCCUCAUAAUCUCCAUGCCUUGAUCGGGGCGAGCAGUGUGGUGAUCUCUCUGCAACUCUUCGCUGUCCUUCUUGCGGUGCUGAGUGCAGUACGAACACCGAUAGCACCCUCGCGCGCAAAGCGGUCCUAUAUGAAUCUCUCGACCGCCACUGCGAUUACACCGCUGAGUUCGCGGAAACGAGAUUUAAGUUCUGGUGGACGCGCGCGAGCUGUCUACAAAAAUGGCAAACUGAUGUUGGUCGAACCUCUAAUUGAAGACGCAUGA